UUCGAAAAAGAGGUGUAACGAAAUAUGGCGAAUCAUUUGCACGAUAAAUACACAACGACAAGUCGGGAAGCAUAUUCACAUCCGAAGUCUGUCCCAGCAUAUCGAUACUACAUGCCUGAACGUCCACAAACCUUCGGUAAAACCUUUCAGCAUGGCGAGGGAACGAAGAGAUGGUUUCAUGACUACCGUCGAACUCAAGUCGCCGAGAAAGUUAUGAAAGAGAACUUAGAAUCGGCCGGGAUCGACGUCCGUCCGACUUGGCAUAGCGACAAACCUGACAGAGUUUUAGGGGCUCGGUGUGCUGACAGGGAAGAACUCUUGAAUCGGCCGGAUUAUAAAAUGUUUAACAGAUUGCCGGACAGAGAACGAGAUUUAGCAGAGUUCGUUGAGAGAAAGGAAGAACAUAGGAAUGACUACAAGGAUUUGACCGGAAGAACACAUAAAGUCGAUUUCUUUCAUUAUCCAACCGAAGCGAGCGAGCAGUUCGUGGAACGUGGAACACAAUCCUCCUCAAAGAUGACAGACUAUCCCAAUCCUCACAAGGGCGCCCUCGAAUACACCUGGGAGACGCAGAGGGGACCUAAACAUUACGAACUGUAUCGAGGAGUCUCUGAUUUUAACUAUCAUAAGAAAAUACCAGAAAUUUAGGGAGCUAUAUACCGUAUACAUAUUUUAUUACAUCAGACAGUUCAGGUAAUAGUUGAUUUCUAACAUAGCAUUAUAAGUCUUAUAAUGGGUGGGAUGGUCAUUUUGACUAUUGGUACGACCACGUAUUCUCUUCUGGAGAAUA